AAGGCUCUGCGGGGCUGUCUGCUCUGGCGACGCAGGCAGGGCAGGCUCUGCCGCAGCGGCUCAUCCCAUCGCUAAGGUCCAGUUAGCCAAGGUGGAGGAUGGGAAAAGAAUGGAGCUGUCCCAGCUCCUCAAUGAGAUCAGGGCAAACUAUGAACAGCUCCUCACCAGAAAUCAGAUAGAGACGGUGUUGUCGACGCGGAUCCAGGUAAUGAUUUCAUUCAGCCAGGCACCUUCAGGAUAAGGAGACAGUCCAUGUCUACCCGAUUCCUGUCCCGGCCUCUCUGAGCUAGAGGAAGAUAUAACCAAAAAAAUGGACAAGGAUGGGGAAGCUCUGAAGGCAGCUCAGGCUGAACUCAAGGAGGCCCGCCGGCAGUGCCACCACCUGCAAGUGGAAAUCGAGUCUCUCCACGCUGUGGAAAGGGGCCUUGAGAACUCCCUGCAGGCCAGUGAGCAGCAUUAUCAGAUGCAGCUGCAAGAUCUGGAGUCAGUGAUUGGCAGACUGGAGAGGGAGCUGCAGGAAGUGAGGCGUGGCAUCGAGAGGCAGCUUCGAGAGCACGAGAUGCUUCUCAACACGAAGAUGAGGCUGGAGCAGGAAAUAGCCACGUACCGCCGCCUGCUAGAACAGGAAGAAAUCAGAUAUUAUGGUUGUAUCCAAGGAGAGAAAAAAGAAGAAAAGCCUACCAAGAGUAAAGUUGGCUUUCUUCUCCCCUCAGCCAUUAUAAAUGAAAUCUCCUUUUCAACAAAAGUCUCCCAAAAGUAUGAAAAUGAAAAUAUGGAGACAGUGACCAAACAGGCAGUAGUGAACAGAGACGUGAAGGAGAGCGCGGAGGCCCACGGCACCAUUCAGACAGAGAAAGUGGAUGAAGUUAUAAAAGAAUGGGAAGGUUCAUUCUUUAAAGAUAACCCUCGACUGAGGAAAAAGUCCGUCUCUCUCCGGUUUGAUCUCCAUCUAGCAGCCACGGAUGAGGGCUGUUUAGAGAGUAGACAAGAUAAUCUGCCAGAUAUCGAAGUCAGACUUAUCAUGAGAAGAUCCUGCAGUAUUCCCUCCAUCAAACCCCCACCAGGAACCAACUAACCCAGAGAGAGUGUUUAGCAAGGGCACCAGGAUGGACCUAUGUAGGCCAUACAGACCCCCAGUCCCAAGUGUAAGUUAUUUUACAUGGAUAGAUAGUGUUAAGAUGCUGUGGGCUCUGGCUCUCUUCAGAGAACACAUAAGUAAGAGAUGCUGCAGCUAGGACUCCAAAGAUGAGCAGGGGUUUUUUGCUGUUUUGUUUUGUUUUGUUUUUUGAGAGGGGCUGCUUAAAAAUAAAUCAGAAAUCCAGUGUGGAUUCUGUUUUAUUUGUCAUCUAAAUAGUCUUUAUUCUGGCGAGCUUUAUCAGAGACUUUAAGUAUUAAGGUGGCUUCAUUAAGCCUGUAAUUUUCCUCAAAAGCUAAACAUCCCAAGGAAAACAAAAUAGCUUGUUUGAAAACUGAAGAGCUACGGUGAGUUACUCUCCGUGGUUUCAGGACCAGCUGAACCUAGAAUGUUCCACUUCUAAAAAGGCAGCAGUUAGGAACAAACUGUUUAAGGAGCAGACUCAGUAUUCACUUAGGACUUUCCCUUUUGAGACAAUCAUUUGAACCCUGGGAAUGACGAAGUGUUCCAUCCAUGAGCGAUUCUGAAUGGACUGUAGAGCACUCUCCAAGGCAAUUUUGAUUAUUAAUAAAAUUGGGUUACUCUAUAUCUUUAUCUUAAAGCUUUUUAAAAAUCAGUAUCGGGAGAGUUAGUUUGUUGAAAGUUAAAGGUUGUACACACACACACACACACACACCCGGACAUACACACACUCCAGCUGUACAAACCUUUUAAAGCACAUUGAGAUUGUGGUGAAUCCAGUUACCAGGACAGUUACCCAGCUGCUCACCAUCUGCAAAAUGAAGUGUGAGUAGCGUGUGCUAUGGGCCUGAGAGGAAAGAGUCUAUGAACUCAGAGAAAUAGUCCUUGCAGUCAUUUCUGUGAGCUAACAGCAUAGUACUGCUAUCUGAGCUAAGAGUGCCUGCAGAACUUGAUUUUAAAUUGUUCAAACUGUAAUAAAUAGAGAUGUAAAAUAUAUUUGUGAAUAAGUGAAAAAUUGUUGCAAAGUUGUUUUCUGGUUUUGUUUUUAAUUGUUAUUAUUUACUUGCUAUACAUAUAUGCUUGCACCCCAGAAGGAGGGCAUCAGAUCUCAUGACAGAUGGUUGUGAGCCACCAUGUGGUUACUGGGAAUUGAACUCAGGACCUCUAGAAGAGCAGCCACUGCUCUUAACCUCUGAGCCAUCUCUCUAGCCCCAUUGCAAAGUUUGUUUUGUUUUUUAAAAAACAACCUAAAUUUGUUUAAUGCAGGUACAUUUACUUUGAGACCUUAAAUAGUAGAUAUCUGUUUUACGACAUUUAGAUAUUUUAGGCUUUUUUUUUCCUAAACAACAACAAAUAAGGAGUACAAACCAUUGGCCACUGUUCUUUGUUCUCAGCUCAAGUAUCAUCUAAGGGCUACAGCUAUAUUAGCAUUUUAGUGGGGCCUUCAAAGCCCACCCUCCUCUCCCCCUCCCUCCCUCUCCACAUGUGUGUAUAUAUGUUGACUAGUAAAUAUGCUUUAGCCACAAGGAACUUACAUUAGUUAGCUUUUAGUGUAAUCCAGAGGUUUAACGUUCCCCUUUUUCAUUACUCCAGGUUGCCUUCAGCCUGACUCACUCUAGUUAGUGAGUAAAAAUGAACGAUGCUGUUCUUCAAUGUUACAACAGCAUAUUAAGCACUUAUUCUUGAAUAAGCGCCUGACCUAAAAUUGCAUCCUACACAUUAAAUGUUUCUUUCAGGCUGGGGGUACCGCAAGGUGGCAGAACUUCACCUAGCACAUAGGAGGCACUGGGUCUGGACCUCAGGGAAAAAAAAAAGGGAGGGGGAGUAUUCAUCAUUAAAUGCUGCUACUUUAUUAAAGCUUUGACUGCAAUCAUAUUAGCCAUUGUACUGGUUACUGCAUUAUGCAACAACAAUUACGAUAAAGCGAUACAUUUAGUGCAAUCUACUGCAGUGUUGGGACUGGGCAUUGUGAAUUAACAGCUUGCUAGAGAAGUUCCACUGUGUGGCUAUUCUGUGUGUAACAUGCAGUACUUGAAUUUGUAAAUGAGUUUUGUUUGCUUUGAGGCAUUUUAAAAUCAGAAUAUGAAUUUACCAAAGUAAAUGAUGCCACCAUAAUAAAAAAAAAUUUAAACAUGAA